AUGGUGAACAACUCUUGUGAGAAGGAUGACCACUCAUGCGCCAACAGAGCAGAUGAUGAUUCCGGGGAAAAGGAUAACAGCGAGGUGAAAGGGGAAGACAAACAAACUCCCCCGGUUAGUUCAUCGGAGGAAAAGAAAAAAGGGAACGGUACUGUCCAGGCGGUGAACAAUGGAAAGGAUGAUGCUCAUACAGGCGAAACAACUCCCCAUGGCAAGUCCACCGGAGUACCCAAGGAGGUGCCAAGUAAUGUGACGAGUGCACAAACGGACGAAACGAAGGACCGGAAGGAGAGUGAAGAACCUAAAGGCCAGUUAAGCGGUGCACCAAUCGGAUCGUCCACCGACAUGCCAACAGACGAAGUGUGGGUGAAACGAAUUAUAAACGUAGAAAUCACGAAAGAAAUAAAAAGCUUCAUUGAGACAUUUACAAAAAGCAGGGAUCGUAUCAUAGACUGGUGUUACAAGAACAGGGAUCUGUAUUCCAGUAAAAUAAAUGACAAAACGACCAACUUGUUUUUCCAAAAAACGAGAAGCAUACACCUCCUCCUCAAUCAGGAAAGUAUCGACAUUGACACGCUCAAUAUCCUCCUCUACUUUUACAACCUCUAUUGUACCCACAAUAAUAUGGAAAAGAUCAACGCCCACAGUGUUAUGUGCAGUUCCUACAUAACGUAUAGAGGGAUCUAUGAAAACAUAAACGAAAAUAGUAAGUCCUUCAAGAAUCUAUUGAAGGAAGAGAAGGCCUACAAUAGGUUGAUAGGGAAAACGAACAACAUAAAUGACUUUUUCUCCAAUUACAAGAAAACCUACCCGUACGGAAUAAAUUUAAUUUUGGGUUUAUUUCUGACCUUUCUGAGUGGGUACUAUGGGAGCCUCUUAUUGGGGUUCAGCAAGUUUACGACGAGACUGAUAUGCGGAAUUGUCUUCUCCUACGUCACCCUCAUCCUGGAGGUUAUUAUUUUUAUAAUUAUUAACGAGAAGGUGGAAAAUCUGAAGAGGAAUCAGAAAAAUGCAGGGCAUAACUACGGCUUGUACGAGAAAGUGUAUAUUAAGAAGGAGUCUGGUGGCAAGAGCCAGGUGGAUAACGCAGUGCGAGAAAAAGCAGAUUUGGUUCCCAAGGAAGAGUUACAAGAUAUGAAAGGGGUAGCAGAUAAGCACCCCACGCUAAAGCAGCGUCGAAAGGUUUAG